AUGAGAUCGGAUGAUGAUGGAUUGUACUUCGGUAUGGACAUGAAAAUAUUUCAAAAGAAAGUUUACAACUUUCUUGAACGGCCUAGUCGUGGUUGGAUUUGUUUCGUCUAUCAUUUUUUAGUGUUUUUUGUUGUCCUUUCCUGUUUGGUCAUCGGUGUUAUAUGUACCAUAAGCGAAUAUGAAGAAAAAAUAACACAAAAAUUUAUUUAUGUGGAGAUUGUUUUACUAAUUUUCUUUGCAUCAGAAUAUGUUAUACGUGUUUGGUCAGCUGGCUGUCGUGCUAAAUUCAAAGGUUUGACUGGCCGAAUUAAGUUUAUGAAAACACCAAUUAGUAUGAUUGAUGUGUUUGUUGUUCUUGCUUCAUCGGUUGUCAUCGGAUUUCAUAUAUCGGGUCGAAUCAGUUCAGCAAACCCAGUAAUGGCAGCAUCACCUGCACUUCGAAUCAUUCGCUUUUUUCAAAUUCUACGCAUGUUACAUGUUGACCGUAAAGCACAUUCAUGGAAACUUCUUCUUAAUGUAGCGUAUCUUCAUCGAAUUGAAUUAAUAACAACGAUGUAUAUGGGUUUUAUUGUACUUAUUAUCACAUCGUAUCUAGUCUAUUUGGCUGAAAGAGAUUAUAUUUUUGAUGGAAGCAAACAAUUUGAAUCUUAUGCGGAUGCACUUUGGUUUGGUAUUGUAACUGUUGCUACAAUUGGCUACGGAGAUCGUGUUCCGCAUACGUGGGCUGGAAAGAUUGUAACAGCUUGUCUAUCCAUGAUUGGGAUUGCGUUUUUUAGUUUACCUGCAGGAAUUUUAGGAUCCGGCUUUGCUUUACAUGUUCAACAGAAAGAAAAACAAAAAUUGUAUCAUAAGCAAUAUCCAGCUGCGGCACAGUUAAUUCAAACAGCAUGGCGUAUGUAUGCAACGAGUCGUACUCAACAUGACAAUGCAACAUGGCGCUUAUAUAAACUUAUUGAUCCUCAUUUUGGAGACAGAGCGACAUCAAGAUCAUACCAUAGCGCAAUGCUUGAACGACGAUCUGCUGCACAGAAUUAUGAUCAGUCAGUAUCGGAUCAUUCACCGUUAACAUCUAGAAUUGAAGGAGAGCAAUUACCAGAAAAAUUUAAGCAAGCUAUUCGUGUGAUGCGACGAAUGAAAUUUUUUGUUGCACGUCGAAAAUUUCAGGAAGCAAGAAAACCAAAUGAUAUGUCGGAAAUUGUUAAGCAAACAGCUGAAGAUAAUCAAACAUUAAUGAUUCGAUUAAAAGAUUUACAACGAAAACUCGAUUCGACACUUGGCUAUGUGCCUGCAUCACGCGAUAAUAUUCUAUUAUCACGUUCGAAUAAUAAUAGUUUUGCGUCACAAGCUCGUAUUAAACGUUCACCUAGCCAAUCUCGUACUGGCCAAAUAACUGUUCUUGAACAUUUACAAACGUUUAAUGAACGUUUAACAGUAGUCGAACAACAAAUGAAUUCCAUGGCAACUAUAUUAAAACGUAUUGAUGAUCGAAUGAGUCAGUUCAGUGGGAGUUAA